UCACUUUAAAAUCACUUUGUUAGCACGUGCAGUUUAUUAUAUUUUGUUUGGCCGGUUUUAUAUAUAAAAUCAUGGAUACUUUUACCAAUUGCCCGGGUUUCUGCCCCUCCUGCGGCUCCAUUCUGCCUGAGCUGCAAGUCAAGGGCAAUGUGGUUUGCUACAACUGCAGGCAGGAGUUUCGGCCAGAUGUAUACAGCGGCGAGAAGUCGGAGUUUACCAUCCACUUCAAUACCUACGAUCCCAGCAAGGUGUUCAACAGGACUAAACGGGAAUCCGAAUCCUCGGAGGCGGAUGGACCUGUUGUGGAGAGAAAGUGUCCCAAAUGCAACCACGACAAGAUGUCCUACGCCACCCUGCAACUUCGAUCCGCGGAUGAAGGUCAAACGGUGUUCUUCACCUGUCUCAAAUGCAAAUUCAAAGAAUCGGAAAACUCUUAGAUGCUAACAAUACCUGUGUAAAUAGUCUUAUAGCUAGUGAAAAUAAUCAUGUUCGACAGCCUGCAAAAUAUAGAAUGUUUAUAACAAAUCA